AUGGGAACCGUGACCUAUUGGAACGGCAUUGCAAUCCUCCAGCUCAUUAUAUUUCCCAUUAUUCUCAUUGCUGCCAUUUUCAUCUGGAAGCGGACAGGCUGGAGGGUCGGCAGCAAGAUCUGGCGAUAUGCCGUCACUCUCUCUCUCAUCCGGAUUGCUGGCAGUAUUUCUUCAUUGUUGUCUAUCAGUAACAACUCACACGAUAUCUUGGUUGCCGUGGCAGUGUGCCAGCUGAUUGGUCUUGCGCCCCUGUUGCUAACCUUUAUCGGACUGCUGAGACAAAUUGAUGUGUGCGAAACGAUGCCUCCCAGGCCUAUGAAACUAUUGACUCUUGUCACCUUCAUCGGCCUCAUUCUCGGUAUUGCGGGAGUCAGCUCCUCUGACAAACAGGGUGGUUACCAGCCAGGCACACUCGCGAAAGCAGCCAUGGGCAUCUUCCUUGCCGUAUUUGUCAUCUUCAUGUUGCUUACUGUUUGGCUGCACUAUGAGCUUAGCUUCUCAUUGCGGAGGUUCCAGAAGAAGUUGUUCAUUGCUAUCGCCCUUUCUUCUCCCUUCUUGUUAGUCCGGCUGGUCUACUCGGCGCUCAGCGAUUACACUACGUAUAAAGCUUUUUCUCUUGAUGGAAAUGCCACUGCCUACCUGUGCAUGGCUGUACUGGAGGAGAUUAUUGCUAUGGUCAUCACUAUAGCCUUGGGAAUAUCAGCUGUGCUGGAAAAAGACUUUGUGAAGGCUACUCCAGUAGCCCAGGAGGACCCCGAGCGGCAGCCUAUGGGAGCGUGA